UUAUCCAAAAUGUCAGAGACCGCUACGAAGAAAUUUGCAGUCGUUACAGGCGCAAACAAAGGGAUCGGAUUGGAAAUAUGUCGACAGUUAGCCUCUAAUGGCGUAGCAGUGGUCUUGACUGCCAGAGAUGAGAAGAGAGGAGUCGAAGCAGUUGAGAAGCUCAGAGGCUCGGGCCUGUCUGAUGUGCGUUUUCAUCAGCUUGAUGUAUUAGACUCUGCAAGUAUUGCUAGUCUUGCUGAUUUCAUCAAAACCCAGUUCCAAAAGCUUGAUAUCUUGGUAAAUAAUGCUGGGAUUUCUGGAGUCAGUUUAGAUGAUGACGCUGAGAAGGCACUGGUGACAGUAACUGGAAUUGGGAAAGAAUCCUGUUGGUCAAACUACCAGGAACUAGCAAAGCACACUAACGAGUCGGUAGAAGAAUGUCUACAAGCAAACUACUAUGGAGCCAAAAGAGUGACUGAAGCACCUCUUCCACUCCUUCAGCUAUCUGAUGCUCCCAGAAUUGUAAACGUCUCUUCUGGCUUGGGGAGGCUACAGUAUGUAGAUGAUGCCUGGGCUAAAGAAGUGCUGAAUGACAUAGAUGGUCUCACAGAAGAAAUUGUGGAUGAGGUUUUGAAGAAGUUUCAGAAGGAUUUCAAGGAUGGUUUAUUAGAAACUCAGGGCUUGUCUGUCUACGUAAUGUCCAAAGCAGCUAUGAAUGCUUACACAAGGAUUCUAGAAAAGAAGUUGCCCAAGUUUUGCAUAAAUUGCGUAAUGCCCGGCUAUGUGAAAACUGAUAUUAACUACAACACUGGGUACUCAACUGUUGAAGAAGGUGCGGAAGGUCCUGUAAUGUUGGCUUUGUUGCCUGAUGAUGGCCCUUCUGGCCUAUUCUUUAACCGAAAGGAAGUAUCAACCUUUUGGUUGAAUCUUAAUAAAAAACUUGUCUUCCUGAGAGAAUAAACCUGGAAACUGCCUUCUUUCUUCUAUAAACGGCUCUUUAUGCA